CUGCUGUGUCUGAUCAUGAAUACAUCUACUGCAACAUUGAAGCUGCUGUGCGGGAGCCUGACGCCCUUCCUCUACCCUUGCCUCGAUGCUGCAUGGGUAACAAGGGGUUUAACCUGCAAUGAACCGCAGCGCCGGAGACGGCAUGUGGCUCUUAGUAGACGAUGCUCCAGCACCGUCACAGCGGCACGGUCAGAGUUAUCGAGUAAUGACAGUAUCGAUGUCGCGCAAUACGACCAUCUUGAUCCGUCCCCGCACAAUUACAGCUCGCAACCCUUCGUCGAUGCUUGCUCCCUGACCGUGUCCGCUGGAGCUGGAGGGCACGGUUGCAUUUCGUUCCUGCGAGAGAAGUACAUCGCAAAUGGUCCCCCAAACGGGGGUGAUGGCGGGACGGGGGGCAAUGUGUACAUACAAGCUGUCAGGGGCGAAACGAGUCUGCAUAAGCUGGCAAGGCGAGGCGCUUUGAAAGCAGGGCGCGGCAAGAACGGACAGGGCAGCUUAAAGGGAGGUGCGAGAGGCGAAGAUGUUCUCUUGGUCGUGCCGGUGGGUACCAUCGUUAGGGAGCUUACCAGGCAUGAUCCUCUGGCUGAGGAUGAGGCUGUGCAGUCCAAAGGCUUCGGACGGGACUCGGAGGAUGACGAUGGGAGUGUUGAAGGCACUGAUCAGAGCAAAAAGUGGCGUAGAGACCGAUGGUUACUCUACCCUGGCACGCUGCCUAAGAACUUCACCUCCGCUUCCUUUCCUGCAUUACCACGCCCUCGCCGCAAUAAUUUAGUUGCCACCGAGCCCCAGGCUCCCAUACGUCUCGACCUGGACAAGCCGAUGAAUCACCCUAUGCUACUGGCUGCAGGAGCUAUGGGAGGACUUGGCAAUCCGCACUUUGUGACAAAGUCCGUCACUCGCCCGAAGUAUGCUACAAAGGGCGAAGACGCCACGCGGAUCCAUUUUCAACUCGAGCUGAAGCUUCUGGCGGAUGUCGGCCUGGUUGGCUUGCCCAAUGCGGGAAAGAGUACGCUCCUGCGUGCUUUGACGCGAAGCAGGACGCGAGUGGGUGAUUGGGCUUUCACCACUCUCGCACCUAGCGUCGGGACGGUGGUACUAGACAAUAACCAAGGAAGACCGAGCAUUGACACGAAGGGCAGAUCGUCAGAGGCUCGCAGGAGUUUCACCAUUGCAGACAUUCCUGGCUUGAUUGAGGACGCCCAUCUAGAUCGAGGGCUCGGGCUCGGCUUUCUACGACACGUUGAGCGUGCAGCUCUACUAGCCUUUGUCAUUGACCUUUCGGCUGGUGAUGCGGUCGAUGCAUUGAAGGCUCUUUGGAAGGAGGUUGGGGAGUAUGAGCAGAUGCGCGAGCGUGAGCUCAAUGCCGACACGCAACGAACGCAGCCGGAUGAAGAAGGGAUGGUCACAUUUAGGCCCUUCGAGAGCAGCAUUUCACCAGGUUUCGAUCCCGAGCCGCACACUCAGUUUGCAGGCGAUGCUGACGAGAACAUGGUGCUCGAUCCUCCAGCUGGCCGCAAGCUCCCUCCACUGUCCCUGCCACCCAUCAGCAGCAAGCCAUGGUUUGUUGUGGCUACGAAAGCGGACUUAGCGGAGACGCAGCACAACUUUGAGCGUCUGCAAAGCUAUAUUGCAAGCGUCCAAGCCGGCGAGGAAGCGCACCCCAAUCCUGCGAAGAAUGCUUGGCGCAGAAAACUGCACGCUGUUCCUGUCUCUGCUAUCAACAAAGAAGGAAUAGAGAGCAUACCACACCUCAUCCUCGAACUCCUCAACGGGUGACGCUGCGUUAGAAAUUCUGCAUACAGCCGAAGUUGCGAACCUACGCAAGUAUUUCCGCGUUAUCGCUUUGUAUCUCUCUAGCUCGGAAUGUUCAUCCAGGGCGCGUACGACCCAGCAGCAUAUCAUGCCUACGAGCGUCCCAUCGCCGCCGAUAGUGUCUCGUAGGCUGCAGAGUUGUGGUUGUAUUUGACUUCGUUCAUCCCCGCAUGUUCCACGAUUGAGUUUGUUCCAACAAUACGGCACCUUGCAACCUGCGCGCUGCCUACAGGAUCAUAAGCACUA